AUGGUGUCUGCCCAGAAGAAGGAGAUGGUGACAGCAGCGACGCGUCCCGCUUUUAUUUGGACCCUCUUCUACUUUUUCUGUUUGGCGACUUGUGUAAAGAAAGGCUCUGGUCAGACCAAGAAGGAUGAAAGGAUAUAUCCGGAGAAUUUUACGCGCAUUUUAGACCGACUUCUGGACGGAUACGACAACAGGCUUCGACCUGGGUUUGGAGGUCCUGUGACUGAAGUCAAGACAGAUAUUUAUGUGACAAGUUUUGGGCCAGUGUCAGAUGUUGAAAUGGAGUACACAAUGGACGUGUUCUUCCGUCAGACGUGGGUCGACCGGAGGUUAAGGUAUGAGGGCCCGAUUGAGAUUCUAAGGCUCAACAACCUGAUGGUGAACGAGGUUUGGACACCAGACACGUUUUUUAGGAACGGCAAGAGGUCAGUUGCUCACAACAUGACGGCUCCCAACAAGCUCUUCCGCAUCAUGAAGAAUGGCACCAUCCUCUACACCAUGAGGUUGACGAUCAAUGCCCAGUGUCCCAUGAAGCUGGUGGACUUCCCCAUGGAUGGACACGCAUGCCCGCUCAAGUUUGGAAGUUAUGCCUAUCCCAAAACGGAGAUGAUCUAUACUUGGACCAAAGGGCCUCAGCAUUCAGUGGAGGUGCCCCCCGAGUCCUCCAGCCUCGUUCAGUAUGAUCUCAUCGGACAGACGGUCUCCAGUGAAACCAUCAAAUCCAUCACCGGUGAAUACGUGGUGAUGACGGUCUACUUCCACUUGAAACGUAAAAUGGGCUACUUCAUGAUUCAGACGUAUAUCCCCUGCAUAAUGACAGUGAUCCUCUCCCAAGUGUCCUUCUGGAUAAAUAAAGAAUCAGUCCCGGCACGCACAGUCUUCGGCAUCACCACUGUCCUGACCAUGACGACACUCAGCAUCAGCGCUCGCCACUCCCUUCCCAAGGUCUCCUACGCCACUGCCAUGGACUGGUUCAUCGCUGUCUGCUUUGCCUUCGUCUUCUCUGCCCUAAUUGAGUUUGCUGCUGUGAACUACUUCACCCAAACGCAGAUUGAGCGGGCCAAAAAGAAGCCGGCCAAAUGUCCCCCGGUUCCGCAAACCACGCCUGUGAAGGUCAAGGACACCGAGGAAGUGCUGCAGUUGAACCCUGACACCAACGGCAACCUGAGAAAGCGGAUGCUUUACAUUGCCCACCUAGAGGCAUGCAGUCACCAGAGAGCCCAGUCCACCACCAGCAUUUCGGGAGUGGGAAGAGCCAGACCUCAGCGACCUUUAGCCAGUGGCGCCAACGGCAGCUCCUCCACCCUCUCCCGCUCCAGCCCCAAGUCUGAGAGCCUGCUCAGCGUGGCGUCCUCCUCGGCCCAGCUGGUGAAGAGUACGCCGCAGGCUGCUGCUUCCACGCCAGACGUGAUGGCGGGGACCCCGUGCAAACAGAACGCCAGCUCCACGUCACUGCAGCAUCUGCUGGUCCCCAAGCUGGAGCGCAUCCAGAUGAUGGGGAACAAGAUGGAGCCGAAGCAGACACCGUGCUCCCAGCCCACCACCGCUGGUAUGGGUGGAACCAGCAAAAUUGACAAGUACGCACGGAUCCUGUUCCCGGUGUCAUUUGGGGCAUUUAACAUGGUCUACUGGGUGGUUUACUUAUCAAAGGACACAGUGGUGCAUAAAGGUGGUUAG